AAAAUCAAGAAAAGGGUGUGAUAUGAUCACUUGUCAGUUGUCAGGUAGCUUCUCAGACUGCUAUUUUGCUUCUUCUUACCUUAACCAACAAACAAAAAGAAGGGCAAAGGAGAAUCUGAAUGUCUCCUUCCAAUUCUUCCUUCCUUAAUCUUCUACAGCCUUAUUAAAUUUCCGGCACACACGACCACACAAACCAAGAGUGUGUGUCGUGUGUGUCUUUCUCCAACAAUAUUCUGAAUCAGCCAGAGAAAGAAGCAAGAAAUUUUGGACCAUGCCACCAUUAACAGUAUCAGGGACUUCCUCAAUUAAUUUUAACAGCUUAAGCCUCACCCAAAACCCAUCUCUAAAUCAUCUCAAUUUCUUCAAUUCUAGGACAUCCUUUCCAUCUUCUUAUAGGGCUCCUCUUCACGACCCUCUUUCCCCUUCCCUCCUCUCUUCUUCAGGGCUUUGUAGGGCCAGUCAGUUGGCUGAAUUAUUCCCAACCAUGUCUCCUGAUAUAGUUGUGAGAGAGGCCAGAUUAGAGGAUUGUUGGGAAGUGGCUGAGACUCAUUGUAGCUCUUUCUUUCCACAAUAUUCCUUCCCUCUAGAUUUUGCAUUGAGAAUUGACAGGCUGAUUGGAAUGCUAUUUGGGUUCUCUUUGCCCAGUGGUUGCCAGAGGACCUGUCUUGUUGCUGUCAUUGGCCGGUCAGAUGAAGAUACGCUACAUUUCUGGAAUGAAGAUUUAAAAAUUGGAGGCUUUGAUGGAAAAUUUAGUCUAAAUAAGGGAUAUGUUGCUGGGAUAUUGACUGUGGAUACUGUGGCUGAUUUUCUUCCAAGAAAAGGACCCCUGCGGCAAAGAAGUGCAAUUAUGUAUCAACGCUACCAUAUCAUCAGGAAAGGUAUUGCAUACAUAUCAAAUGUUGCCGUCCGAGAAAAUUUCCGCAGAAAGGGAAUAGCAAAAAGGCUCAUAAAUAAAGCAGAGGCUCAAGCCAGAAGUUGGGGAUGUCGAGCCAUUGCUUUGCACUGUGACCUUAGUAAUCCUGGAGCUAUAAAAUUGUACAAGGGCCAGGGCUUCAAGUGUGUUAGAGUUCCCGAAGCAGCAAACUGGCCACAGCCCAAGACUUCACCAGAUGUCCAGUUUCACUUCAUGAUGAAACUUCUGAAGUGAAUAGUGAACACCUCAAUCAAUUUCAAGAUUCCUUUCUGCAAACGUCCUGUUUUCAGAUAAAAAUACCAUUGAAAGGGGGGAAAAAGUUGUAUACUUAUAGUGUACAUGUGUACAUUGCGGAAGCUGCAGAUAUUGAACGCAGCAUUGUUAUUGUCCUCCUGGCUGUGAUAUAAAAUUUGUGCUAGUAAUGGACUAUUA